AUGCGGCAUGCCCUGCGGCUGGCUCGUAUCCUUGGUGACUUCAUUGCAUUAUGUUCUGCUGGGCCAGCUGAAAUUCAGGGCGAUACUCAGAGCACAGAUAUUGGAAAUCUUGCAAAAUGGCAACGCCAGUCCAUGACUCGCAAGGCAAAAAGGCUCCCUCAGUGUACACAGCUGGGACCUCCUGGCCUUUCACCAGGCCAAACGCUCUCUGCUGUAAAAUCUUUUGACAUCAGAGAGGAAUUGCAUCUCUUGUCGCCUGGAAGAGUUGUGACUCUGGUUGAAGAUCCUGAGGGGAGCGUAUGGGGUGUUGCUUACAGAUUGCCAGCUGGACAAGAAUGUGAAGUAAAGGCAUACCUGGACUUCAGAGAGAAAGGAGGCUACAGGACUACAACUGUCAUUUUCUAUCCAAAAGACUCAUCAGUAAAACCCUUUGAUGUAUUGUUAUACAUCGGAACUUGUGACAACCCUAACUACCUUGGUCCGGCACCUCUGGAAGAGAUUGCUGAACAGAUUUUUAAUGCAGUUGGUCCUAGUGGAAGAAACACAGAAUACCUGUUUGAACUCGCUAAUUCUAUCAGAAAUCUCGUACCAGAAGACAUAGAUGAGCAUCUCUUCUCCUUAGAGAAACUAGUAAAGGAACUCUUAGAAAAGCAUCAAAACCUAAAUUGUCUAUAA